UACGCAGUGGUGUGGUACAUCAGUGUAUCUCCUGUAGUCGUCAGUCUGCUGCAUGUGUUUUGUUUAUAUGCCCAGUGUGGAUCUGUUCCGCUGGGACUAGACAGGAAUCCAUCUGUUUUAAAGAUUGUGUGAUUUGUACGUGUUGGAUAUAGAUGGGGUAGUCUCUGUGUGGGGACAAGCUUCUGUACCUGUAUAGUUCACACCUGUGAGGACUCUAUGACAGGGAUGUCAGUGCUGGGCGAGUCCCACCUGGCCACAUUCACAGACAUGAGGAGUAAUCUUCUAGGUGGGGGUUCAGGACUCUAUCCCCCGGGACUGCCUGGGCUGGGCCACAGCUCAUUGCUGCCCCUGCCCCUGUGGCGCCCCUCUACACACCCCCUUCCCCCUGUCUGGUGUAAUCUUGUGAACUGUCCGUGUAAUCUGUCUCGGCCUGGAUACUUUCCCUCGGACGUCGCAGAUUAUGUGGUGCCUCCAUCCUGGGAGGCAUCGACUUGGCCAUCAUGGUACCUCAAACUUGCAGGUGAUCCAAUUUACAAAAGAAAUCACCAUGACUCACAAGAUUCCCCUAGUAAAGAACUGCCGUCAAAGAUGUUAAAACAGGAUCGUCUCAAGGAUCGCCAGGAAUUAUCACAGGCACUGAGCUUUAGUAGAGACCAGGUCAACAAAUACAACAAGAGUCGAUGUAUUUCCACACAAACACAAAUCACUCAUGUGGCAGAGAGGGACCUACCCCCAGUGUACAUGAAUGGUGAGAUGCGUCAUGCAGUGUCAUCGGUGGAUAGUUACAGACAUGUAAUGAGGUCCCAGCCAGGGGUGCCUGUCCACGAGCGUGGAUCACCCCCUCCCUAUCGUGUUCCCACGGAGACAUUGGAUGCUCCACUCAACCUCUCUCUGACCAGUUCCUCAACAUCAGCAUUUACUCCUCAAGUGUCUCGACCCUCAGUCAUCACAUGUGCCUCUACAGUAGACAAAAGUCAUCGCUACAGUAACAACUCACCAUCACAACAUUCACUACCCAGUCCAAGUAGGAGGGAAGUUGUCUCGGUAGGAGGCUGUGACCCUAUAGAGGAACACUUCCGUCGCUCCCUAGGGAAACACUAUCCAGACUACAUGGCCCCGAAGUUGUCCCCAGUUACACCACCAAUGGCCGACUCUCCUCCUGCUGUCGCCUCAACAGUUGCCACAGCAGCCAAGUCUGCCAAACCCAACACCUCAGCAGUGUCCAUCACAGGAUCUGUAGAUGACCAUUUUGCCAAGUCAUUAGGCAAUAGCACUUGGUCAGCAAUUAAGGCAAAGAAUGAUCCGAGACAGGAGAUGCUCCCUGGCACAGUGGAUGACCAUUUUGCAAAAGCUUUGGGUGGCGAGACUUGGCAGAGGAUUAAGGCUGAAAAAGAGAGCAGUCCUGCACUGUGUCGACCAAAUGGUUCCACCUCAUCCCCAUCCUCCUCACCCCACAGGCGGGGAUCCUCGCCCCUAAGACAUGAUCUAGUCUCAAUAUGAGGGGGCAAGGAAUUCAGGUCAACCCUUAUCUAAAGAAAGCUGCUAUGGAGCAAUGCAAGCACCAGGUAUCAUCAUGACAACACACUCUGUGAAUCUGAGACUUGCUCAAGGUCAGCGGCAGUGCGAAGUCAAGUGCUCAAGGUUGUUGCUACGGGCACCAACAAUCAACAUGUGACGACUGCCAAAAGGAAGAUCACAUGACCAUGUUGGCUUCAGAUGUUUCGACCUACUGUAUCCGUACUCUGUGCCAUUUGUUUGGUUUAAUUGUCAACUGCACCAGAAUUGAAGACACAAUCUCAAAUAUAGAUGUCAGUGGCAAUCUGUCCUUUACAAUACUGCUCGGACCAAAGGUUAUUUAUUUGAUGUUUACUAGCUACUUGCUCAGUGUAAAAACUGUACUUUUCUGACACUAAAUGUACAAAUUUUGUAUAGUGCCAUGUUAAUCUGGCUACCUGGAGCUGAGGUUUGGUGAACUUUAAAAACCAAACCCAACUUUUGAAUGAAUGGAACAGGAUAAAAUGAGUUAGAAAAGAAUGUUUAUUGUUGCAGAAGUGAACCUACUUUGUUGAAAUCUCAGCCUUAAUAUCUGAUUUGAAUCCUCAUCACAAAUCUUAUCUGUAGCCAUUCUGUCAUUUCAUCCAUCAUCUGAGUCAGUAUUUUAUGAGUGUACAUGUACAUAGUGUGAUCCUCAAAUAUAUAUUUUAAUUUGUAAGUAUGGUUGAUAGAAGGGAGGUAACUCUGUCAUUUGUGUAUCUGUACCUGUUUAUGGAGGUAUAUGAAGGGGAGAUAACCAUUGUGUGGCCAAGGUAAAAUAUUAGGGGCUUGUUACAUUUAACAUAAUUUGAAUUUCCAUUUUUUUAAAUUUUUUUUUCAAAAUUAUUCAGCUGUGGUGUAAUUUCUGUUUUAUCAGAAGUAUACAUUUCACUCUGAUUAAGAGACAUGAAAAACAAAAUAUGGUGAAAUCAACAGCUCAAAGACAAUUACAAUAUUUUAUUCUGAAAAUAUUCCUUUAAGUUGUUAAAAAUAUCACGCAAGUAUAAACUUUGUAAUGCAACGUCAAAUAAGAAAGCAAUAGGACUUUCAAUGCACUUGAAACUUCAAGGCAUCAUUAGUUAGUUAAAUACUGGUUUACAGCCUACAUGACUUCACCUAUUGCUAGGUUUCAUCUCUCCUACUAUAGUUAGUGUUCAGUCUGUGUGAGAGAGUAGCCUUCUGCUUUGGAACCAUCUAUCCUAUAAGUUUGUGAAUAAGUUUAGAAGACAGUCCCCGGUCCUAAAAUUGUCUUAUCCUAGAUUCAACUUUUGUGAUCUUUCUUGUUCUAAGCUAUAUCUCUCCUUUAAGAAGUUUAUUUCAAAUUUCCAGCCACUUUAUGCAUGGUCUUUAUAAAAUGAUGUGCUGGUAAUGGGAGGUAAUCAGUGUGUGAGGUAUACAUUGAUGAGGUUUGUAUAGAUGUGCCAUACCAGUGACUGUCGGUAUAACAGAUUAGUUCACCUGACCUACAGAGUAAUGUGUUCAAGGCUGUCUUCAUGUUUACUACACUUCUACCUUCAAUGUGAUAUUAGACAAAAUGGCGGGACAAAUUUUGAAAUUUCUCCAAACAUUAAAUUAUAUCUAUCAGUUCUAUAGGGCAUAUUUGUAAACAGAUUUGCAUUCAUUGUUGUUUUCUGAAAUAUUUUUUGAUAAGUGGGUUUGAAGGCAGAUGAUAUUGUGUUGCAUCAGAAGUUCAGAUAGAUACCCAAGGCUAUUUAGAGGGUAAAUAUCUAGGCUGAGGGUCAAUCGAAAUGUAAUAUGGCUGAAAAAUCAACAAUUGUUUUGUUAUUGUACCUCCUAAAUUUUAUCGGCAACAUAACUUUCUAAAUCGCUUUGGAAUAAAAAAAAAAUGGAAAAAACAUGCAGAAGAUUAUUAAUUAUCAAGUGUAGAAAUGAUUUUUCAAGUUUCUUAUUUUCAUUGUUAUAAAAGUUUGAAUUUGUUUUCAAUUAGAUAUGUGUUGUUUAUGAGAGGAAAUUGGGCCUUAUACCUUUCUCUCAAUCCUGUAUAUUUCUGAAAAACUGACAAUAUAGCUAAUUGACAUGUUGACAGUUUGUUAGGUAUUUCUGUGUUUUACCAAUGUUGUAAAUGUGUGAUAUAGUGUCAGUAUCUGUGUUCUGAGUUCACUUUUCCGCUAUACAGUAUAUAUAUACAUGUACAUUGUGUUGGGUGUGUUGGUAAGUGACCAUGGCUUCAUGUACAUAGUGUAGUGUAGGUGUGUGUGAUGUCUAUGUACGUUGAAGUAUUUAAUUGUUUGUAAUAGAGAGUGCAGGAAAUGUAUAUAUAAUUACAGUUAUGUACAGGAUAAUUUAUCUCGGCUUACAUGACAUGUGUCUGUAUAAAACACACCAUUCAGGACUGUUAAUUACUCCGUCCCAGACUUAUCCUAAAUCUACACCUCCUCCCUGUUUACAAAUCUACUUAAAACAUAAAAUAUGGGUAUUGUUCUCUGCAAAUCUUCAGUUACCAUUUAUACCUACAUCCACGUUAACCUGUAAAUAAUGACAUAGUGUCACAGAUACAGAUGGUAACUAAGGUUUCCAAAAGUGACUGGUACAAGUCUAUAACUGGGGUACAACAGAGUAGUAGGAUUCUGUGUAUGGGUUCUGAAUGAUUGGUGUGAAUGAUGAUGUCUUUCCUUAUACCAAGCUGUAGAUGCAUUGCAAAAUUUUGUUCUUUACUGUUUACAAAACAGACUGAAUCCUGGGUAUGGAAUGUAUUGUACUUUUCUGUACCCUGAACUAUGGGUAUAUAUGUGUUUUAUAUUGUUUGUACCCUGAAUGUUGGUACACGUGUGUAGUACGGUGUCUGUGUACCAUAAGCAAUGGGCACGAGAUUGUACAGUAAGCUGUUAGUGUAAGAUGGAAGAGAGAUAAAUGUAUUUGUAAUGACUGUCAGUAAAUUUUAAUUAAGUUCAUGGCUUUAUUGAUGGUACAUAUUAUUGUUAUGUAUAAAUUUGUUAUUAUGUUUUAAAAAUAAAUUUUAGAAAUUUUAAAAUGAA